CGCGGCGCGGCGCGGCGCGGCGCGACGGCGGCGGCGGCGGAAGUGCAGCGGCGAGGGGGCGGCUGUUGGUGUUUGGCGCCGGCGGAGGGAGUCAUUCCUGCCGCUGCACUUCCGGUCGGCAUUUUGUUCUGAGAGGGAGAGACGGGACGCGAGCGAGAGACACAGGGCGCCUUCCCCCGCCCUCCCGCGCCGGCUCCGACUCGCCCGACCCCAGCGAGCGCGCCGAGGCCGCCCCGCCGCCCGGAGGGUCGCCCGGCCGGCGGCGAUGCCCCCGCGGUAGCCGGGCCGCGGUCGGCUGUGGUGCGUGUUUCUAUGUGGGAGGCGGCGGCGGCGGCGGCGGCGGCGGUGGUUUGUGUGCUCGCUCGGCGGGGCUCCGCGGCUGCCCGUCCCCGCGCUGAGGAGACGGAAGCGGGGCCGUCGCCCCCCCGCUCGCGGCCCGGGCUCCCGAGCGGCCUCGGCGGCCGCGGCCUCCGCCGGCUCCAGGCGCCGACUCGCGCAGUGUUUGGGAAAUGGGAAGUAAUGACAGCUGGUACCUGAACUAAGUACCUUUAUAGGCAACACCAUUCCAGAACUUCAGGAUGAAUGGGGAUAUGCCCCAUGUCCCCAUCACUACUCUUGCGGGGAUUGCCAGUCUCACAGACCUCCUGAACCAGCUGCCUCUUCCAUCCCCUUUACCUGCUACGACGACGAAGAGCCUUCUCUUCAAUGCACGCAUAGCAGAAGAGGUGACCUGCCUGCUGGCCUGUAGGGAUGAUAAUCUGGUUUCACAGCUUGUGCACAGCCUCAACCAGGUAUCAACAGAUCACAUAGAAUUGAAAGACAACCUUGGCAGUGAUGAUCCAGAAGGUGACAUCCCAGUCUUGUUGCAGACCGUCCUGGCAAGGAGUCCUAACGUUUUCAGGGAGAAAAGCAUGCAGAACAGAUACGUACAGAGUGGAAUGAUGAUGUCUCAGUAUAAACUUUCUCAGAAUUCCAUGCACAGUAGUCCUGCAUCUUCCAAUUAUCAGCAAACCACUAUCUCACAUAGUCCCUCCAGCCGGUUUGUGCCACCACAGACAAGCUCUGGGAACAGAUUUAUGCCACAGCAAAAUAGCCCAGUGCCUAGUCCAUAUGCCCCUCAGAGCCCUGCAGGAUACAUGCCAUAUUCCCACCCGUCAAGCUACACAGCACAUCCCCAGAUGCAGCAAGCAUCUGUAUCAAGUCCCAUUGUUGCAGGUGGUUUGAGAAACAUACAUGAUAAUCAAGUUUCUGGUCCGUUGUCUGGCAGUUCAGCUAACCAUCAUGCUGAUAAUCCUAGGCAUGGCUCAAGUGACAGCUACCUACACAUGGUGCACAGGCUAAGUAGUGACGAUGGAGACUCUUCAACAAUGAGGAAUGCUGCAUCCUUUCCCUUGAGAUCUCCACAGCCAGUGUGCUCCCCUGCUGGAAGUGAUGGAGCUCCCAAAGGAUCAAGACCAUCUUUAAUUCUACAGUCUCAGCCUCUGUCGUGUUCAUCACCUCGAGAUGUUCCUCCAGAUAUCUUACUAGGCUCUCCAGAAAGAAAGCAGAAGAAACAGAAGAAAAUGAGAUCAGGCAAAGAUGAGAAGGAGCAGAGUGAACAGGCCGCCAUGUACGAUAUCAUCAGCUCUCCUUCCAAGGACUCCACGAAACUCACCUUGAGACUUUCUCGAGUAAGGUCUUCAGACGACCAGCAAGAGGACAUGCUUUCUGGGAUGGAGAACAGCAGUGUUUCAGACAACGAUCUUCCUUUUAAUGUGCAGUACCCGGGACAGGCUUCGAAAACACCUGUCACGCCGCAGGAUGUGAGCCGCCCAGCAAAUGCGGCUCAGUGUUUGUCACAGCCCGAGCAGACGGCAUUCCUCCCAGCAAACCAAGUGCCUGUUUUACAACAGAACACUUCAGUUGCUGCAAAGCAACCCCAGACUUCUGCUGCACAGAGCCAGCAACAGGGACCCAUCUAUGAUGAAGUAGAGUUGGAUGCACUGGCGGAAAUUGAGAGGAUAGAAAGAGAAUCGGCUAUUGAGAGGGAGCGCUUCUCAAAAGAAGUUCAGGACAAAGAUAAGCCUUUGAAAAAAAGAAAGCAAGAUUCUUACCCCCAGGAGGCUGGGGGUGCUGCAGGAGGUAACAGAGCAGCUUCUCAGGAGCCGGGCUCCACGGGAAAUGGGUCAAGGCCCGCGCUAAUGGUGAGCAUCGAUCUUCAUCAGGCAGGAAGAGUGGACUCUCAGGCUUCUGUAACUCAGGACUCGGACUCCACAAAAAAGCCUGAAGAAGUCAGACAAUGUAAUGAUGCCCCUGCUGCUGUUCUUCAGGAAGAUACUAUUGGAAAUCUUACAUCUACACCUGAAAACCAUCCUGAGACUCCUAAAAAAAAGUCUGACUCUGAGCUUUCAAAAAGUGAGAUGAAACCACAUGAGAGUAAACUGACAGAGUCUAAACCAAAUGAAAACAUAUUAGGGGAGACCAAACCGAGUGAAAAUAAGCUGGAAGCCCAGGGGAGCACACAGACAGAUGAGCCUAAGCAGAACGAGACCAGAGCAGCUGAAUCCAAACAGCGUGAGAGUGCCGUGGAGGUGAGACAGAGCGAGAACAGAGUUGCUGACGCGAAGCCCAAUGACAGCAAGCAGAGCGACGGUAAGUCAGAACCUGCUAAGACAAGACCCGAAACCCCGAAGCAGAAGGGUGAAAGCCGGCCUGAAACUCCAAAGCAAAAGAGUGAAGGCCGGCCCGAAACCCCCAAACAGAAAGGCGACGGGCGACCUGAGACUCCCAAACAGAAAGGGGAGGGCCGGCCUGAAACUCCAAAGCAAAAAAGUGAAGGCCGGCCUGAAACGCCCAAACACAGGCAUGAAAACAGGAGAGACCCUGGAAAGCCGUCGGCAGAGAAAAAGCCCGAAGCUUCUAAGCAUAAACAGGAUAACAAGUCUGACUCACCUCGGUUAAAAUCAGAGCGAGCCGAAGCCUUAAAGCAGAGACCCGAUGGGCGGUCUGUUACUGAGUCACUAAGACGUGAUCAUGACAGUAAACAAAAAUCAGAUGACAGAAAUGAGCCAGAGAGACACCGGGGGGACCAGUCGAGGGUUCGGAGACCUGAAACAUUGAGAUCCUCUAGUAGAAAUGAACAUAGCAUUAGAUCUGAUGGUUCAAAACCUGACAAACUAGAAAGGAAACACAGGCAUGAAUCAGGGGACUUGAGGGAAAGACCAUCUUCGAUGGAACAGAAGUCAAGACCCGACAGCCCUCGUGUGAAACAGGGAGAUUCUAAUAAGUCAAGACCCGACAAACCUGGUUUUAAGUCACCAAAUAGUAAAGAUGACAGAAGGACAGAGGGUCACAAGGGCAAAGUCGACAGCAAUAAAGCACACGCUGACAGUAAGGCGGAAUUUCCAAGUUACUUGUUGGGCGGCAGGUCUGGCGCACUGAAAAAUUUUGUCAUUCCAAAAAUCAAGAGGGAUAAAGAUGGCAGUGUCACUCAGGAUACAAAGAAAAUGGAAACGAAAGGAGAGCAGAAAGACAAAGUAGAAAAGAUGGGAUUAGUCGAAGAUCUAAAUAAAGGCGCUAAGCCUGUGGUUGUCCUGCAAAAACUGUCUUUGGAUGAUGUUCAAAAACUUAUUAAAGAUAGAGAGGACAAAUCAAGAAGUUCCCUUAAGCCCACAAAGAAUAAACCAUCAAAGUCAAACAAAGGUAGCAUAGAUCAAUCAGUGUUGAAAGAGUUACCCCCUGAGUUGCUGGCAGAAAUCGAGUCCACCAUGCCGCUGUGUGAACGUGUGAAAAUGAACAAACGCAAGCGCAGCACCGUGAACGAAAAGCCAAAAUAUGCCGAGAUCAGUUCAGAUGAAGACGAUGAUAGUGACGGAGCCUUUGAAUCCUCUAGGAAGCGACAUAAAAAAGAUGAUGAUAAAGCUUGGGAAUACGAGGAGCGCGACAGAAGGAGCUCGGGGGAUCACAGGAGGAGUGGACACUCUCACGAAGGAAGGAGGAGCUCAGGGGGUCGCUGUCGGAACCGGAGUCCGUCGGAGUCUGACAUGGAAGACUAUUCUCCACCUCCCAGCCUUAGUGAGGUUGCUAGAAAAAUGAAGAAAAGAGAAAAGCAAAAGAAGAGGAAAGCUUAUGAGCCAAAGCUAACACCCGAAGAAAUGAUGGAUUCUUCAACUUUUAAAAGGUUCACAGCCUCAAUAGAGAAUAUUUUAGAUAAUUUAGAAGAUAUGGAUUUUACUGCAUUUGGUGAUGACGAUGAAAUUCCUCAGGAACUACUAUUAGGAAAACAUCAGCUUAAUGAACUUGGCAGUGAAUCUGCUAAAAUCAAAGCGAUGGGUAUAAUGGAUAAGCUUUCGACUGACAAAACUGUGAAAGUCCUCAAUAUCUUGGAGAAGAACAUUCAAGAUGGGUCAAAACUUUCCACCUUAUUAAAUCAUAAUGAUACCGAAGAGGAGGAAAGGUUGUGGAGAGACCUUAUCAUGGAAAGAGUCACGAAAUCUGCAGACGCCUGUCUGACAGCUGUGAACAUCAUGACGUCCCCCAACAUGCCAAAGGCUGUGUACAUUGAGGACGUCAUUGAGAGAGUCAUUCAGUACACUAAAUUCCAUCUACAGAACACGCUCUAUCCUCAGUAUGAUCCUGUUUACAGACUAGAUCCUCAUGGAGGAGGUUUAUUAAGUUCAAAAGCAAAACGGGCUAAAUGUUCUACCCAUAAGCAACGAGUAAUAGUGAUGCUUUACAAUAAAGUUUGUGACAUUGUUAGCAGCUUAUCAGAACUGCUAGAGAUACAGCUUCUUACGGACACAACGAUUCUCCAGGUAUCAUCCAUGGGAAUAACACCAUUUUUUGUGGAAAAUGUCAGUGAACUACAAUUAUGUGCCAUUAAGCUUGUCACUGCAGUUUUCUCAAGAUAUGAAAAACAUAGGCAGUUAAUUUUGGAAGAAAUUUUUACUUCACUUGCAAGAUUACCAACUAGCAAGAGGAGUUUACGGAACUUCAGGCUGAACAGUAGUGAUAUGGACGGAGAGCCGAUGUAUAUUCAGAUGGUCACAGCACUGGUUCUACAGCUUAUUCAGUGUGUGGUGCACUUACCUUCAUCAGAGAAGGAUCCCAACUCGGAAGAGGACUCAAACAAAAAAGUUGACCAAGACAUCCUAAUUACCAACUCCUAUGAGACAGCCAUGCGAACAGCCCAAAACUUUCUCUCCAUUUUCCUUAAAAAGUGUGGUAGUAAGCAAGGUGAAGAAGACUAUAGACCACUAUUUGAAAACUUUGUCCAAGACCUUCUUUCAACAGUCAAUAAGCCUGAGUGGCCAGCUGCUGAACUCCUCCUUAGUUUGUUAGGGAGACUGUUGGUUCAUCAGUUCAGUAACAAGUCCACGGAGAUGGCGCUAAGAGUUGCGUCUCUUGAUUACCUUGGAACUGUAGCUGCAAGACUGAGGAAAGAUGCGGUUACCAGCAAAAUGGACCAGGGGUCUAUAGAACGGAUUUUAAAGCAGGUCUCUGGAGGAGAAGAUGAAAUUCAGCAAUUGCAAAAAGCAUUGCUCGACUACUUGGAUGAGAACACGGAGACUGACCCUUCGUUAGUGUUUUCUCGUAAAUUCUACAUAGCCCAGUGGUUUCGUGACACAACUCUGGAAACAGAAAAGGCUAUGAAAUCACAGAAAGAUGAGGAGUCCUCUGAAGGGACGCACCACGCGAAGGAAGUUGAGACAACUGGUCAGAUCAUGCACCGAGCUGAGAGCCGGAAAAAGUUUCUCAGAAGCAUCACCAGAACCACACCUUCCCAGUUCAGCACACUGAAGAAUGUGGUGCUUUUCUGUUCCAGGGUGAGCUCUGACACUGUGGCCUAUGACGACGCCUGCCUGAUUGUCCGCUACCUGGCCUCCAUGAGGCCGUUUGCUCAGAGCUUUGAUAUUUACUUGACACAGAUCCUACGAGUUCUUGGUGAAAAUGCAAUUGCCGUGCGAACAAAAGCCAUGAAGUGUUUAUCUGAGGUUGUUGCCGUAGACCCCAGCAUUCUGGCAAGGCUUGACAUGCAACGAGGAGUUCAUGGGCGGCUGAUGGAUAACUCCACCAGCGUGCGAGAAGCAGCCGUCGAGUUGCUGGGGCGGUUUGUGCUCUGCCGCCCUCAGCUUGCCGAGCAGUAUUACGACAUGCUGAUCGAAAGGAUACUGGAUACUGGUAUCAGUGUCAGGAAAAGGGUAAUAAAGAUUCUAAGAGACAUCUGUAUUGAACAACCAACUUUUCCAAAAAUUACAGAAAUGUGUGUGAAAAUGAUUCGCAGAGUUAAUGAUGAGGAGGGUAUUAAGAAAUUAGUAAAUGAAACAUUCCAAAAACUUUGGUUUACUCCAACACCACACAAUGAUAAAGAAGCAAUGACAAGAAAGAUUUUAAACAUCACUGAUGUGGUUGCAGCCUGCAGAGAUACUGGAUACGACUGGUUUGAGCAGCUCCUUCAGAAUUUGUUGAAGUCCGAAGAGGAUUCCUCAUAUAAACCUGUGAAGAAAGCUUGUACUCAACUUGUUGAUAAUCUAGUUGAGCACAUCCUUAAAUAUGAGGAAUCUCUAGCUGACUCUGACAAUAAAGGUGUGAAUUCUGGACGACUGGUAGCUUGCAUAACCACGCUGUUCUUGUUCAGCAAAAUAAGACCCCAGCUCAUGGUCAAGCACGCCAUGACUAUGCAGCCGUAUCUUACCACUAAGUGUAGCACGCAAAAUGAUUUCAUGGUUAUCUGCAAUGUUGCGAAGAUCCUGGAGCUGGUUGUGCCGCUGAUGGAACACCCGAGCGAAACGUUUCUCGCCACCAUUGAGGAAGAUCUCAUGAAACUUAUCAUCAAGUACGGCAUGACGGUAGUGCAGCACUGUGUGAGCUGUCUCGGGGCAGUUGUAAAUAAAGUCACACAAAAUUUUAAAUUCGUAUGGGCCUGUUUCAAUAGGUACUAUGGUGCUAUCUCCAAAUUAAAAAGUCAGCACCAGGAAGACCCUAACAACACUUCACUUCUAACUAACAAGCCGGCACUUCUUAGGUCUCUCUUCACUGUGGGGGCACUAUGUCGGCAUUUUGAUUUUGAUUUGGAAGAUUUCAAAGGCAGCAGUAAGGUUAAUAUAAAAGAUAAAGUACUUGAAUUGUUAAUGUAUUUUACAAAGCAUUCGGAUGAGGAAGUACAGACAAAAGCAAUCAUUGGCCUAGGAUUUGCCUUUAUUCAACAUCCAAGUCUAAUGUUUGAGCAGGAGGUGAAAAAUUUAUAUAAUAGUAUUUUAUCUGAUAAGAACUCCUCUGUAAAUCUCAAAAUACAAGUUUUAAAAAACCUCCAGACCUACCUCCAAGAAGAGGACACGCGAAUGCAGCAAGCAGACAGAGACUGGAAAAAAGUUGCAAAGCAGGAAGAUUUGAAGGAGAUGGGUGAUGUUUCCUCAGGGAUGAGUAGUUCCAUCAUGCAGCUUUACCUCAAACAGGUGCUGGAGGCGUUUUUCCACACCCAGUCAAGUGUGCGCCAUUUCGCCCUGAGUGUCAUAGCGCUGACUCUGAAUCAAGGUCUGAUUCAUCCGGUUCAGUGUGUACCAUAUUUAAUUGCUAUGGGCACAGACCCAGAACCGGCUAUGAGGAACAAGGCUGAUCAGCAGCUAGUGGAAAUAGACAAAAAAUAUGCUGGAUUCAUUCAUAUGAAGGCGGUGGCUGGGAUGAAGAUGUCUUACCAGGUGCAGCAAGCCAUCAACACGUGCCUGAAGGACCCUGUGAGGGGCUUCCGCCAGGACGAGUCCUCUAGUGCUCUGUGCUCACACCUCUACUCCAUGAUCCGGGGCAACCGGCAGCACAGACGGGCGUUCCUCAUUUCUCUGCUCAACCUCUUUGAUGACACUGCGAAAACAGAAGUGAAUAUGCUCUUGUAUAUAGCAGACAAUCUGGCCUGUUUUCCGUAUCAGACGCAGGAAGAGCCAUUGUUUAUCAUGCAUCAUAUAGACAUCACACUCUCGGUCUCCGGUAGUAACCUGCUGCAGUCAUUCAAGGAGUCUAUGGUAAAAGACAAAAGGAAAGAGAGGAAAUCAUCCCCUGGUAAGGAGAACGAGUCCAGUGAGAGUGAAGAAGAAAUUUCCAGACCUCGGAAGUCACGGAAACGUGCAGAUUCCGACUCCGACUCCGACUCAGAAGACGAUAUCAAUUCAGUGAUGAAAUGUUUGCCAGAAAAUUCAGCUCCCUUAAUUGAAUUUGCGAAUGUCUCCCAGGGAAUUUUAUUGCUUCUGAUGUUAAAACAACAUUUGAAGAAUCUCUGUGGAUUUUCUGAUAGUAAAAUACAGAAAUACUCCCCAUCUGAAUCUGCAAAAGUCUAUGACAAAGCGAUCAACCGAAAGACAGGAGUUCAUUUCCAUCCCAAACAAACACUGGACUUUCUGCGGAGUGACAUGGCCAAUUCUAGAAUCACUGAAGAGGUGAAGAGGAGCAUAGUGAAGCAGUACCUGGAUUUCAAACUUCUCAUGGAGCAUCUGGACCCUGAUGAAGAAGAAGAAGAAGGGGAGGUGUCAGCCAGCACAAAUGCUCGGAACAAAGCGAUUACCUCACUGCUUGGAGGAGGCAGCCCCAGAAACAAUGCGGCAGCAGAGACAGAAGAUGAUGAAAGUGAUGGGGAGGAUAGAGGAGGAGGCACUUCAGGGUCAUUGAGAAGGUCAAAACGAAAUUCAGACUCUACGGAGUUGGCAGCACAGAUGAAUGAAAGUGUUGACGUCAUGGAUGUCAUCGCUAUUUGCUGUCCAAAGUACAAAGACCGACCACAAAUUGCAAGAGUAGUGCAGAGAACCAGCAGUGGCUUCAGUGUUCAGUGGAUGGCAGGCUCCUACAGCGGCUCCUGGACCGAGGCUAAGCGCCGGGAUGGCCGCAAACUGGUGCCUUGGGUAGACACUAUUAAAGAGUCAGACAUUAUUUACAGGAAAAUCGCUCUCACGAGUGCUAAUAAGCUGACUAAUAAAGUGGUUCAGACUUUACGAUCCCUAUAUGCCGCCAAGGACGGGACUUCCAGCUAAUGAAUUUGUACAUGCAGCCAAAUUUACAGGAAUUUUUUUAAAGGCAGAAAAACUUGAAUUAUCAACACUCUGGCAAAAAAAAAAAAAAGUUUUCUGAAGAGUAAGAAUGGAACCUGGGAUGCAGGAACGGAAGGAAAUGUUGGGCAGACAUUUUGUGGGAGCUCCCUUCGCUGUUGUGCAGCAGAAACAGAUUCUCAGCUCAUUUUUACUCCCACUGUAUCAUAGUUUAACAAAAAAUUGUUUAUAUCUUGGAAAAAAACUUUCUGUUUUAAAAAAUAAACAAGUGAAUGUUGGAAAUUAGUCUGUUAAAUGUUCUUAAUAAAGUGUUCUUGGAGUUGAAUCUAGCAGCGGAUGGCUUUCUUUAGCUUAGCCCAGUUUCCAGGGAAGCACUGUUUUUCCAGGCUGUAAAAUGGCAGAUUCUCCUGGAUAUAUAAUUUAUUCUGUUGGAAGAAAAAAGAAAAGAAAAAGAAAAAAAAAAGCAUGCAGUAUCUAUGACCUAUCUGCAGAAGGGGUUUUUGUAAAUGUAGAUUUUGAUGUAUUAGGUCUCCCUGAGAACAAUCCAUGAAAAGGGACCCCAGGUGACCUGGCGGAGCGAAUACUGCAAUAAAUUUUUUUACUUCUCUUUGUUACUUGUCUGUUUCCAUUUGAAUUUCUUAUUGUAAAGAUCUGUUUAAAUCCAUUUAUAUUAUUUUGCAGUCUUUUAUGUAAAAUUGAUUAUAUCACUGGUUUUCAAAGCUAAACAAAAUAUUGUUUAUACAGUUUGUAUAGACGGACUUCUGAAUAAUUGGUAUCUAUUCUUUUCCUUCCCGUAUGAGGGUGUAAACAGUUAACUCCAGGGUUUUAUUGUAUCCUGCAAUAUUUAGUAUUAACUAUAUGAUUUAGCACUGUGCCAAACACAUUUUCAAGAGUACAUUUUGAUAUAAAAAGACUAUAGUUUAUUCUUUGUAUGCUUCAAUUUCUUUCAAAUGAUGUCAUAAUGGUGAUAUUUAUUUUUUAAACCUUGGGAAACGUAACAGUCUUGGGGAAAGGUAACAAUCGUGCUAUUUUGGGGAUCUCGCAUUUAGUUAAAAUUUUGCCAUGUGUUACAGAAAUAGAAUGAGAUAAGUGUGACACUCCGUAAUCACACUUUUCACAAAUUAUUUUUAAUGCUGAAAAAAAGUAAUUUUCCUAGUUAAGAUGUUUAUUCGAUUUCUAUUCUAAAGUUUUUAAUGCAUCUUUCGGGAGCAGUUGUUGUUACUUGUUUGUUACUACAAAUGGGGGGGGCAUUUAGUCGAUUGACUUGCAGAGUUGAUGCUCAAGAAAUAGUAAUGCCUGAAAUAUACAAGAGGCGAGGUCUGUCGCAAAGUUAACUAUUUUUUUAAAUGUGUACUUUAAGUCCGUUUUUUAAAAAUGACCUCUAGAAUGCAAACUUUUAUGAAAUUGGCAAAUAAAUGAACAUAUUUAAUUUGUGAGGAAGAGUGACAUCACCACAAGAUACCUUUUUGUAAACAUCUAUUAAACCACUCUGAAAAUGA